GCCAACCAACAAUGCUUAAGCAGAAGACAUAUUCAGGAAUGGCGCUUCCCUUGAUUAGGACAAUUCGUCAAAAUAUUUGCUUGUAUCCUCGUUGGCUAGCUUCAUCAUAUUUCACGACAGCACGUAUCAUAAUGAAUAACAAAUCAGCCAGCGUGGAUGAAACUUUAUCAAAAAACCCCUUUUACGAAAAAUAUGCGUCAAAAAUAACAACUCUACAACAGAAUGACCCACAGAAAUUAGCAGAAAAGCUAGAGCAACUAACUACCAGUUCAAAAACUGUUUCCUCAAAUUUGCCACCGAGUAAUUAUAGCUCGAAGUUGUCUACUGUUGCUCCCUCUCCCAAGCAACCAGAAGCUCAAAACUCAAAAGCCAGAUUCAUGCAAAGUAAAGUCAAGCUUUUAAGUGAAAUAAUGAAAACAGAGCUAUUACAAGAUAAAGAUUUUGAAGAAAUUAAGCAGAUAUGGCAUGAAUAUUUCAAAAACAAAAUUACAGUCUCAGGGGUGCUCACCAAAGCAAUUUAUGAUCAACUUCACUCAAGGGCAAUGCAAUAUUCUACGUUUUUGUUUCCUCUACCAAGAGAUGAGGGAUAUGAGUUCUUAGUAUGUCAAUUUGCAGGAAAUGAAGGUCACUUUACCUCACUUAUCAAUUUUCAGACUUACGGUGAAAACGCACCAGAAUGCUUGGCACUGGUGUUCUUUCCUGAUUUAUCAGACGAAAAAAAUAUCGUAUUGUUCCGCGGAGACUACGAUAAGAAUAACUUGAAUGCCAUUGAAGCUCAGUGUCUAGUCAAUCAAGUGGUACUCUACUACGCUCAGCCGGACGAGAGAAAGCUUCAACUAUUAGAGCGAUUCACGAAAAAACCGGAUACGUUUCAACACAUGGACUUAGUGCAGGAACUUGAGAAUAUUAAACUAGAUUGAAAUGCUUAAAUCUACCGUGUACAUGGCGGGAACGAACUCCGCACGUCUCUGUGCUCGGAACUUCUUUUCGCAGUUGAGGUAAAUAAAUUUGUGGUAUGCCUCAACCCAUAAAUGCCCGUCGUGAGUCACAUCAGGCGUUGGGUACAACACGAUUUUAUCGUUGCUUGUUCUGUUCAUACCCAAAAGAGGAAUUAUGAAUAGAUAUCUCCUUCGUGAAGAAGGUCAUAUGUAGUAUAUCUAACCUUCUUUUGUUUCGUGUCCAUAACUGCUAGAUUAUCAUUGGCGUUUCAUAGCACGCAAGCAGUUCUUUGGUUUCUUAUAAAUUUAACUCGAUUCCCAGUGAAUAGGAAGCAAAAUGCCGUGGACGUCUAAAAUAUUCAAGUGGUAUUCAUGUGGUGUGACCAAUAAGGUUGCCAUUGCCCUUCCUAAUGACCUUCACAGUUUCAUAAUGUACUGGUGUUCUCCAACUCUCCUUGACUUUUAUUUAUUUAUAGAUUGAGUGGGCUUUAAGCAUUCUGGUGAUUUGGAGUUGAUGAGGAUCGGUUUUGCUGCUUAGAAAAGCUUAAACGGUAAACAAUCAUUCAGCCUACUUUUUUUCACUUUUAAAAAUAUUAGUUUAGUUUUAAUUUUUUUGUUGUUUCGAAUUUUAUUUUACUGAAUGAUUUCAUUAAUAGUAAAGAGAGGGCCAUUUUCUGUAUUGAAUUUUGUAAGGAACGUAAUUGAGCGUCAUCUUUCAAAGAAAAUUUCAAUGUUACCUUUUUUGGUACCGUUCAGCUUUACAAUUCCUUUACAGUUUGAGUAAUAAUAAAUAUUAAAGUAAAGCUAAUAACUAGUAACUGGGAUUUUCAAAGAACGUGGUAGAAAGAAGCAUUACACUCCUCAAUUUUUUGUUGCUCAUUGCCCUCCUUGAAAGGCACGGCUUAGAUAGCCAAAGGGGAAUUGAGCGUGCUCACUAUUGGCUCGCUGUCCUUUCGUAAGCUUUUAGCGAAAAACAGAAAUGGUAAAGUUUCAACAGCAUCGUUCCUUGGGAACCCAGUAGCGGAGACUAUAAAAGGAGAUGCCUUUGAACUGAGUUCAUAACUCGAUCAGAAGAGUCUGCGGCAAACGGAAUCGUCAACUUUCGGCUCUUGCGAACUUAUACCAAAUAAGAAGUUCUUUCCUAAUCGUCAUGAAGAUUCUGUUCGGAUGCUUUGCCCUAUCCUGGAUUUCCUUAUGUUUCGCCGCCUGUUCUUUUGAUCCAGAGACCGGAAUUUCCACCUGUCAUACAUACACUCAAUGGAAGGAAGCCGUGGAUGGUGCGGUCUCGUGGGCGAAAGAUUGUGAUUUUAAGGGACAUGAUGUUGCAAAAAUUGACGGUCCCGAACACAAAUGUGGCAAACUUUGCUAUAAUUUUGAUAAAGGCCAAUGCACCCAUUUUACGUGGAGCAAAGGGAUCUGUUACAUCAAGAGCAAUGCCAGACAAAAGGCGGAAGAACCCAGCAAGAGCGAAGGAGAUGUAUGCGGUUACGUCGUGUCACGCACAGAUUUCGUGAGAGUCGGUUAGUGGUUUAACAAUGAUUUCGUUUGUUUGUUUUUAUGUUAUGAAUCACCAGAUCGGUAUCAGUUUUUUAUGUGCCUUAACUGCUGUUAGAUGCGUCGUCUAACCACGACUAUUAAGCAAAUGAGCUAGCAGUAGAGCUAAGCCAUUUUUACAAGUAGCUUAAGAGGCAGUUCAAUCUAAAUCAAUAUUCUUCCUGUUUGACGUUUAGCAACUCGUGGCUUAUACAAAAAAUUCUUUUAUUCCCCUUGAAUGGUUAGACAUCUACUUAAAAUGGGAAUACAUCUGGUGGCUAUUGUUAUGUUUUAUCGAA